UGGCCACCAAAAGCAGACGAUCAUGAUGAACGACGUGCCCACGGAAAACUCAGCCCUGGAAGCCACACACUGCCACCAGAGUGCCCUUGGUGAGAUUGAUAAGAUGAACAAGGAAUUGGAGCAGCUCAAGGAAGAUUUGUUCAAAACCAGAGUGAAGUCUCACAUCCUCCACGUUGACCUGGCCACCCAGUUCAGCCCCCAUAUGGUGGAGAAGUUGAGCCGUGUUAAGGAGGAUUGCAACAGGUGCUCUAUGACAGUUAACAUGCAUCUCCAGGCAGACCAGAAGUAGAUGUCAGGCACAUAGAGACAUGGAGUGAAGAUGGAACAAGCAACGUUUUCCCGUUUUCUUGUGUAAAAGGCAGUUCUGGAAAUGACAUUGUUGACCCUGGAUCCUUUCCUUCAUGAUUUGUUUAUCAUGUUCAAAACAUUUUUUGAUUCAACACUGACACUAUCUGAUUAUCAUUUAAGAAAACCUUGGCCUACAA